CCAUUCACUCCUCCCUAUUUUAAUGCUAGCUAAGAUGGUGGUUAAAGCGUAUCUUUUUUACAGAUAAAAAACAAGAAAAGGGCAAAACAUCUAACAAGCCUUUUGAAUUAUAGCGCAAUAAUAAACCUAACAUAAUCUAAAGUGUCUAUCUAUACAAAACUGGACAGUUCAGAGACAUCAGCAAUCCCCGCCCAAUUUGGUGUGACUGUCCCUUUGGAGUGGAAUCCCUUUAAUACGGACACCCGUGACCAGCCGUGACACCUGCUCCCUUCACCGUGCCGUAGGAUGUCCCACAGCCCCGAGAUUAAGGAAGACCCUAUGGAGUGCCCUCUGUGCAUGGAGCCGCUGGAGAUUGACGACGUCAACUUCUUCCCCUGCACCUGCGGCUACCAGAUCUGCCGCUUCUGCUGGCACCGCAUCCGCACAGACGAGAACGGCCUCUGCCCCGCCUGCAGAAAGCCGUACCCGGAGGACCCUGCGGUGUACAAGCCUCUGUCACAGGAGGAGAUCCAGAGGAUAAAGAACGAGAAGAAGCAGAAACAGACCGAGAAGAAACAGAAGGUGACAGAGAACAGGAAGCACCUGGCCAGCGUCAGGGUAGUUCAAAGAAACCUGGUGUUCGUGGUCGGGCUCUCUCAAAGGCUGGCAGACCCAGAGGUUCUAAAAAGGCCAGAGUAUUUUGGGAAGUUUGGGAAAAUACACAAGGUGGUCAUCAACAACAGCACAUCAUAUGCAGGUUCACAGGGUCCCAGUGCCAGUGCAUAUGUCACCUAUAUCCGCUCUGAAGACGCCCUCCGAGCGAUACAAUGUGUAAACAAUGUAGUAGUGGACGGCAGAACACUCAAGGCUUCUUUAGGUACAACAAAAUACUGCAGUUACUUCCUCAAAAGCAUGCAGUGUCCCAAACCAGACUGUAUGUAUCUACAUGAGCUGGGGGAUGAGGCAGCUAGCUUUACUAAAGAGGAGAUGCAGGCCGGGAAACACCAAGAAUACGAGCAGAAACUACUCCAGGACCUCUACAAAAUGAACCCCAGCUUUCUACAAACCUCAACGUGUGCAGGGGAAAAGUCAAAAAGCAGAUCUUCAAAUUCUACACAAAGCAGACCGAACAACGGCAAUGGCAAGGAUGGGUGGCCGACGCUAUCGGGGUAUGGUGGCAAACUGGCCAAUGGGCUGUCAGAGGACAGGAAGUCUCCCCCGCUGCUAGUCUGCUGCCUGGACCCAGAUGUCAUGACCUCAGAUGGGUUAGGACUUGGUCUGGGGCUGGACACUGAGUUGGGUGCUGCCCUGUCCCCCUUCUCCUCUAACUGUGACAGCAACAGUCCCAGCGACAAACCUCCGGAAUCAAUAGGUAGGGUGAAUGGAGAGACUUUACAACAGAUGCCUAACAGUGAGUCCCCCUCCCCUCCUCCGGGGCUGACCAGACCCCCCAGCAGUCUGGUGGUUCCCAUCAGUGUAGUGGACCUCACUGCCCGCUCACCCUUCGAGGGGGCCGCUGCAGAGUCCCAGUCCCUGUUCUCAGACAACAGUAACUUCAGACACCCCAACCCCAUCCCGUCCGGCCUGCCCCCCUUCCACAGCUCGCCUAGAGGGGGAUCUGACUGGCCCAUGACCCCUGAACCACAGAGCCUCUUCGCAUCAGACACAAUACCGGUCUCGUCCUCUACAGACUGGCAAGCGGCCUUCGGCUUCGGCUCCUCCUCCAAGACACAACAGCAGGACGACGACCUGGGCUUCGACCCCUUCGACAUCACGCGGAAGGCCCUGGCUGACCUCAUAGAGAAGGAGCUGUCAGUCCAGGACCAGCCCAGUCCCCUGGGGUCCCCUGGCCCCUUCAGCCUCCACCACCCCGGCUCCCACCACAGCCUUCACAUCCCCCCCUCCAACCCCAACCAUUUCCCCAGCAGCAUUGGACCUCCACCCCGCCUUUCUCAGCUCCACCACAGGCAAAUGUAUAGUUCCUUUAGUUUCCCUGGUUCUCAGAGUCAGAGCAGUCAUCAUGGUGGAGGUCAGGCUGCCCAUGCUGCCGCUGCCUCUCAGCAUCCCUGGAUGGACAUGCCUCCCUCGGCCUCGGCACGCAGCAAUAACCACCUCCUCUCACACUUGAGCCACUCGGCCAACGCUGGAGGGGGACGUGGAAACUUCCUGGACUUGAGCAUGCCUCCUCAGCGCCACAGUACAGGGCUGGGAGGGAUCCCCAUAUCAGAAAGCAGCUGUUCUAUAGACGGCCUUAAUGUGAAAGAAUGGCAGGCUGGCCUGAGAGCUCUCCUACCCAACAUCAACAUCAACUUCGGUGGUCUCCCCAACUCCUCCUCCUCUUCCUCCUCCUCCUCCUCUUCCUCCAGUGUGAACCACAUCGGGCGGCCCAACUACAUGGGGGGCAUUGGUGGGCUCCACGGGCCAGGGGGACUCUCACACAGCCUCAGCUGGGACGGUACGGCCAGCUGGAUGGACCCAGCGAUCAUCACAGGUAGCAUCCCAGCCUCAGCAGGUAACAGUUUAGACCUUUUCCAAGAGGACCAGAACCCUCCCCACUGGCUCAAGUCCCUCCAGGCCCUGACAGAGAUGGACGGCCCUGCCCUGCCUAGCUCCUCCCUUCCCCAGCAGCCCCAGAACCAGCAGCACCAUCCCCAGUCCCUCCACAGCCACCACCAUGGCCUCCUAGACCAGGCUGCCUCACACCCACACCUCCCCCUCCACCACAGAGCCGGCUCCGGCUGGGCCCAGCCCAAACAGGCCAUCCCCAGCCAGUUUCACAGCCCUCCCCCAGGCUUCCAGACAGCCUUCAGACCCCCAGGCCAGAGCGCUGCAGAGCUGCUACAGAGUACCGCAGCCGGGGACCGACACUAAACUAAAGACGGAUUACAGCAGUUUCCUAAUUCCAAUCCCCUACCUAAUGCCAUACAGAUACAGUACACACACCAAUCUACAGAUGAUCAGAUUAUGAAAAAUUAUUAGCUAACAAAAUAACAAAGCUUUCUUUCUUUCUCCUUCCAACUUCAUUUUUUUCCGGUUCUGACGGCCUAUUUGUUUGUUCGUUUAGUUUUCCGUGGCACAUGACAUGCAUUGCCAGGUACCCCUUUUGGUCUAAAGUAAACCGCCUUACUGUGAGCUCCAGUAAUCAGGGGUGUUCAGUAGUGAAACGUUUUGAAAACGGGAAAUUAGUGUUUCUUACUGGACAGAUAAGUCCAUGUAGUCCCUGCCGGUAUCAGUUAGUUUUCUUCCGUUUGGUGCAUAAUGAAUACGACCCAGGUGAAUUGUUUGGGAUCAGACCGACUGCUGUGAGCUUCACUUGAGGUCCGUCUUUUAUGAUCUAGAUGAGAACAGGAGCAGUGUUAGGUUUUGUGACACCCAAGUCAAUAACUACAAACGCACAGGAAACAAGAUUAGCUAACGUGAGUAAUUUAAGAAGUAAACUAAUGAUUAAAUAUGAAAUGGGUGAAAGAAAUGAAGUCACAAUUCCACUUCUUUGAGGAUGAAGCAACAAACUGAAUGGUAAAUCUGCUCUUAAAGCUUUGCCCCAAAGACACUCAUCCUCCCCCCUUUGAACAGAACAGGAGACUGAAUGAAAUUGUUUACCCUCCCUCGCUGCAGAGAAGCCCCAGAGCGGUUAACUUUGGGCAUGUUCAUUUAAGGAGAAAAUGCCUUAAAGUUUAACGGUUUAAGAGGUAUGGUUGAGAAUCUUUAGAGAAGUAUAGUUGAGAGGGACUUGUUGUAGUUCAGAUGACAGAAAAUGAUGCGGACCGAGAUGGGCACAGACUAAGACGUUAGGAGGGGGGAGUUGAGGGCACAGCCAGGCUAUAAAUGCUACGGGAUCCAUGUUAGACAGGGUCGCAAUGGUCACGUUCCAGGCCGACUAGAUUGCAGUCGUGCUGCACUCACUCAGCAACCAAUGAUCGACUUUGAAGUCGGUGACAGACUGCUAUAUCAUAUAUGUGGUUAGCUGAGAUAACCGAUCAGCUAUACCUGAUUAACUGGUUAGCUGAGAACACCAAUCCAGGCGUUGUGAGAUCUGGCAGGCAACCACAAUGUACUCUGCCUGGAACGCGCCCAACCAAUGACUUGUCUUGUACAGGUCAUUAAAACCAACGUUGUUCCCUUUGGGCUCAGGGGUCAUGGUGCCCCAUCCUGUAGUAGAGGGAAGAUUCAGUUGAACCUCUGUAUCAGAGGAUGUAGCACUGCCUAACUGGAGGUCCGGCCGACGGGGUUAAAGAGUUAUAGUCUCACCACGAUUCUCGGGUUGGAAGAAGAAUAGGCCUAGUCUCGCGAUACCAGACCUCGGCACGUUAAGUGCUAAUUCUGGGGAAACUUAGAGCGGCUGGAGUCCCAGGUUAGAACGAAGAACAAUAUUUAAAGACUGUGUUGUGAGUGAAGAUACAGGCUAAUACUGGGACAUCCUGAGAGCCAGGGUUUAGUAUGAUACUCACAGUGCCACUGUGUGGCACCUACAAUAGCUAAACCCUUAUCAGGAGAGUCACCAGAAAGCAGAUGGAACAGAGAAAAGGGGUUGAUGAAAAGGCUUCCCAGAUAUGCAGGUCAGAGCUAAUACUAAUAAGGGUAGCGCUAGCGUAACAAGUUUCCCCCCUGUUAAACCCGUGAGGGCUUUCAACGAGGCCUUACCGUGAAUUAAUGAGAAAAGGAGCUUGAGUGAUUGGCUUGGGAAAUAGUGUCACCAUGUUCUGAUAUGCAUCUGUAUAAAAAAGUAUGAGAAUUUUAAAUAAUGCAAUGUGAUAUCGGAAAGUGCUACAAGACAAGAUGACAAACGACGGCUUGCAAUUUAAUCCAAGGAGCUCUCUGCCUUUCUCUGGGCCAAGAGAAUGAAUAACCUGUCCUCCCUUCACAGCCUUUUUCUUUUUAAGUCUUAACUCUAUGAUCUGUCCCUCUUUCUCUCUCUCUGUUCAUCUCUCCCUUUUUCUCUCUCCUGCUGUCCCCUAUUAAAACAGUAUUCACCAGAAACAAGAACUGAUCCAGGAGAAACCAACAUAGUCCGUCGUACUACCGUGGUUUUUAACAUGGGGCUGAGUUAAACGCUCAUUGAGGAGCUUAAAGGAAUUGAACUGUCCUCUGCAGGUCUGGAAAAAGAAACCUUAAAUAAAACGGAAAACCCCA